CUUCAAAAAAGCCACGACAUUUCCAUCCCUUUGCUUUGAAACUUAUUUACGCGUCUUGUCGAUCACAAGGAGCCUUCAUUAUUCGGAGCUUCGUCUAUCAAAGUAUUCCUUUUUCCUUCAUCUUGCGAUACAGAAUUUUUUUUCUUUGGUAUUUCUUCAAACUUGGGCAGUUUCUCCUCUGUUUUCUUUGCAGAUAUAAAUUAUAGAAAAUCUAAGUGUUUGAAGAAUAAUGGGAGGUGUUUGUUCUGGUGGAACAAAAGAGCGUAAUACAAAGCUUGAACGAAACACUACAAAAGGAUUUUCAGGGAAGCUCAAGUUCAAAAGGAGCUUUGGUAAGCAAAAAGUGAAUUCAGAUUCACAUUCCGAUGCCAAUGGCAGUGGUUUCGACAAAGUGCAACAGAGGCACGAUUCUGGUGACUUGGGAUUACAAUUUUCCCUGGAAUUGAAGCCAUCAACGCCCUGCAGGAUUUCUGCUUCCCUGGGUUCCCAGAGGAAUUCAUUUCUAGGAAGAGCUAGCAUUGUAGGCCUGGAAAAGGCAAUCGACGUUAUCGAUACAUUUGGAAGUAGCAUGUCAAAUUUGAACGCUGGUACUGGCUUUGUUACCGGUCUGGCUUCAAGGGGGCAUACUAUAUCUAUAUUGGCAUUUGAAGUGGCUAACACAAUAGCUAAAGGAGCCAAUUUAUUGCGGUCACUUUCAGACGAGAACAUUCAGUUCCUGAAAAAGGAGGUCUUACAAUCAGAAGGGGUGCAAAAUCUAGUUUCUACAAACAUGAAGGAGUUGCAUAGUAUUGCAGCAGCUGACAAGAGGGAGGAAUUGGAUAGUUUUUCGCGUGAAGUAAUCAGGUUCGGGGAUUUAUGUAAAGAUCCACAAUGGCACAACCUUGGCCGAUAUUUUUCAAGACUAGAUGUAGAGACUUCACUUCAUAAACAAGAUAGAACUGAUGCAGACCACACUAUGCAAGAACUAACUUCUCUUGCUCAGCAUACCUCUGAAUUGUACCAUGAAUUGAAUGCUCAGGACAGAUUUGAUCAAGAUGUUAGGCAAAAGCUGGAGGAAUUGGAGUCCCUGAAUCUCCCUAAAAAAGGAGAAAAUCUCAUGAUUCUAAAAAGUGAUUUAAAACAACAAAAGAAGCUUGUAAGGAGUUUGAAAAAGAAAUCUCUUUGGUCUAGAACUUUGGAAGAGAUCGUAGAGAAGUUUGUCGAUCUUGUUACUUAUAUGCAUCAAGCAAUCUCUGAUGCCUUUGGAGACUCAGCAUCAGUUGCAAAAGAGACUACUGAAAAUAAUAAAAAACUAGGCGUGGCUGGGCUUGCGUUACAUUAUGCUAAUGUAAUUCAUCAGAUUGACAAAAUUGUAGCUCGCCCGGCCUACCUUCCGCCUAAUAUCAGGGACACAUUAUACCGUGGAUUGCCACCCAGUGUUAAGAAAUCUCUAAGGUCACGAUUACAGUCCACUGACACCAAGGAAGAGCGCUCAGUUUCACAAGUUAAGGAUGAGAUGGAAAAGACACUACAGUGGCUUGUUCCAGUUGCCAUGAACACAACCAAAGCACAUCAAGGUUUUGGAUGGGUUGGAGAAUGGGCAAACACUGGCAAUGAAUAUGGAAGAAGUGGAUCCACAAAUAAUACCCUGACACGCCUUCAGACACUGUACCACGCAAAUAAACAGAAGACAGAUGCAUACAUCCUUGAAUUGGUGGCAUGGCUUCAUCAGUUGAUCAGCUUAGCAAAACAAAGAGAUUUUGAAUUCAAGCCUAAGCCGGUUCGAUCUCCGACCAGGAAAGGCUUCCUUUUCCACUCUAAGAUGCAGCGAUUUCUAUCCCUCAAAGACCGAACUGAGCUCCACAGGAUCGAACUUUGUGAAGAAGAUAGAAACUUAUUAAAAAAGGUGACUGCAAGGAGAUUGAUUCCAGGUGUUAGCAAAAGCCAGGAAUUUCCUUUGGGGAGAAGCAAAAGGAUCAAAGUUUGGGCUCUGAGUAGGAGUACUGGCAACUCUCCUGACAGGAGUUUUAGGGCAAGAAAUUUACUGAAGCAUGCUCAAACGAAUAGACUGGAUGUCAUGGAUGGUUUAGAUCUAGCAACUUGAGAGUGACAUUCACAAACUUUCAACCUAGCCUUUUGCCUAUUUCUUAAGAUUUUUCAUGUGUCUGCUAACUCUUCCCAUUCUAUUGUAUAUAUGAUCUUGUGCUAUUUUUUUUAGUGUGUUUAUAGUCGGUAAUAAAUUGCAAAAAAUGCACUUGUUCCUAUUUC